UUCUGACUGACCCGUAACUUCCCUUCCAGCCCAGGUUCCGGUCCCUCUGGGCUCAGAGCUGGGGCCCUUGGACGGGGGCCAUGCGCCUGGCAGGUCCCCUGCGCGUGGUGGUGAUUAUCCUCACAGCUGGGCUGACCUGGAUCCUCGUCAGCCUCCUGCUGGGGACCCAGAGUGGGUUCUCUCGCCUCCAGCAGCUCCUCAUUAGCCCCGAGAACAUGCCCACGGCAGUGUCAGGAUGGGGCAGCUCUGCCCUGCCCCUGCAACCCAGUGCCACCCCCUCAGGCAGGGUGGGAGCCAGAAGCAGACACAACAAGCCACGGCCCAGGAGGUACAAGUGCGGGCUCCCGCGGCCCUGCCCGGAGCGGCAUCUCGCCUUCCGCUUGGUCAGCGGCGCCGCCAACGUCAUAGGGCCCAAGAUCUGCCUGGAGGAUAAAAUGCUAAUGAGCAGCGUGAAGAACAAUGUGGGGCGGGGCUUGAACAUCGCCCUGGUGAAUGGGGUGAACGGGGAACUCAUUGAGGCCAAGUUCUUCGACAUGUGGGCUGGAGAUGUCAAUGAGCUGCUGAAGUUUAUUCGGACGCUGCACGAGGGGACCCUGGUGUUCGUGGCUUCGUACGAUGACCCAGCCACUAAGAUGAAUGAGGAGACACGGAGGAUUUUCAGCGAACUGGGCAGCAGCGUGGCCAAGGACCUCGGCUUCCGCGACAGCUGGGUCUUCGUUGGGGCCAAAGGGGUGCAGGACAAAAGCCCCUUCGAGCAGCACACCAAGAACAGCAAGAGCACCAACAAGUACGAGGGCUGGCCAGAGGCGCUGGAGAUGGAGGGCUGCAUUCCGCAGAAAACAGCUGAUGGCCAGUGACACCCCACGCUGUGGGCCCCACACCAAGGCUGGCUGCUUCCUCAAGCCUGAGCCUUGCAGGGACUCUUUUCUCCAGCCCCCUCCCACCCCCAGGAUGGGCCAAGCUGGUUCUAGAGGGCACUACCCUUGUUCAUGUUCUCAUCCAGCACCUGGAGAUUUGAGGCCCCACACCCUCUAAGUGCCUUAGUCCCCCAGACAGCUGAUAAACCCAGGCACGGUUAUUUCCGUAAGGCCGGGCAGGAGACAUUUUCCCCACUCUGCCCAUGGAGAGAGAUGUCCCUAGUUCCAGCCUGGCAGGAGAAAUGGGGACUGCCUCAGACAGUGUCGUUCCUGGGCUGGUAAGUCCAGCCCCCCAGCGGAAAGGAGGAGGUUGGGGUAAGGCAGGGGACCUCUAGCCUUCUACUUGCCAGGGGGUCCGAAUAAAUGCAUGGAACCCAUGUCCAUCCGUAGGGGGCAGGGGGUUGCAGCCAUUCCUCCCCUAGAAGGAAGAGCCUCUCGCCUAAUGUUUGUCCCCCAAAGAGGGCCUGAGAAAUGGGGCCAAGUCAAUCCUUUGCCUCUGUGUGAAACUAAAUAAAGUGGGAGAUGAAAUUGUGUUGUUAAA